CAUUGCAGAUUGUACUCAUUAUGCAGCGUACUUUUUCAAUAAAAAGUAAAUUGAAAAAAAAAAAAGAAAAAAGCUUAUGAUGUCAUUACUUCAUCUCCAGUGGACAAUAGCAAAAUAUGCCCCACGCUUCAAUGGCUUCCAGCAGCAGGAUUCCCAGGAGCUGCUCGCCUUCCUGCUGGAUGGACUUCAUGAAGACCUAAACCGAGUCCAUGAGAAACCCUAUGUGGAGCUGAAGGACAGUGAUGGUCGGCCUGACUGGGAGGUUGCAUCUGAGGCGUGGGAGAACCACCUGCGCAGGAACCGUUCCAUCGUUGUGGAUCUGUUCCAUGGUCAGCUCAAAUCCCAGGUGAAGUGUAAAACCUGUGGCCACAUAAGCGCCCGCUUUGACCCCUUCAACUUCCUGUCUCUACCCCUGCCUAUGGACAGCUCCAUGCAUCUUGAGAUCACUGUCAUUAAGUUGGAUGGUUCCACACCUGUGCGCUAUGGCCUGAGGCUGAAUAUGGAUGAAAAAUACACAGGGCUGAAGAAACAGCUGAGUGAACUGUGCAGCCUGAAGCCUGAGCAGAUUCUCCUGGCUGAGGUCCAUAACUCCAACAUCAAGAACUUCCCUCAGGACAACCACAAGAUCCGUCUGUCUGGGAAUGGCUUUCUGUGUGCGUUUGAGAUCCCGAUGCCAGGCUCACCAACUUCACUGAGUUCUCCCACGCUGACAGACAUCACAGUGGCCACCGGCUCAGCUGCUAAUGGACAUCUGGGCAAUAUGCCUAUCCUCAUCCCUAAUGGUGGGCCCAGCACCAUGCUGCCCAGCAGUCUAGAGGUGCCAGUGGCCAAUGGGGUUGCCAACGGACACCUCACACCCAUGCAGGAAAGCCCCUUCAUUGGAUACAUCAUUGCAAUGCACAGAAAGAUGAUGCGUACAGAGCUGUACUUCCUUUCAUCUCAGAAGAAUCGACCCAGUCUGUUUGGAAUGCCCCUUAUAGUUCCCUGUACUGUCCACACUAGUAAAAAAGACCUGCAUGAUGCAGUUUGGAUCCAGGUGUCCCGGCUGGCCAGCCCUCUGCCCCCACAGGAAGCCAGCAACCAUGCCCAGGACUGUGAUGACAGUAUGGGCUACCAAUACCCAUUCACUUUGCGGGUAGUGGGUAAGGAUGGCAACUCAUGUGCCUGGUGUCCCUGGUACAGGUUCUGUAGAGGCUGUAUAAUAGAGUGCACAGAGGACAGGGCCUCUGUAGGAAAUGCUUAUAUAGCUGUGGACUGGGACCCCACUGCCCUGCACCUCCGCUACCAGACCUCCCAGGAGAGGAUCGUAGAGGAGCACUGCAGUGUGGAGCAGUCCCGUCGGGCCCAGGCUGAGCCCAUCAGCUUGGACAGCUGUCUGAAGGCCUUCACUGGUGAGGAGGAGCUUGGAGAGGACGAGCUCUACUACUGUUCCAAAUGCAAGACCCACCGCCUGGCCACUAAGAAGCUGGACCUCUGGAGGCUGCCACCCAUUCUGAUUGUCCAUCUGAAGCGCUUCCAGUUCGUCAACGGUCGCUGGAUCAAAUCCCAGAAGAUUGUCAAGUUCCCACGGGAGAAUUUUGACCCCAGCGCCUUCCUGGCUCCUCGAGACCUGCAGCCACACUGCCUUCACUCCCGUAGCCAGAGUGAGGAUCUGCUAAGGGUUGGGGAAGACAACCUGUCCUCAAUUUCUGCCCCUGCUGGCUUCUGCAACCUCCCCAAAGCCUCCCCUGCCUCCAGCAGGAAGUCGGCGCCUUCUCUCAGCCGGACCAGCAGCCCCUCCAGCAGUCCAAAGACCGGCAGCGGAGGCCGCAGAGCAGGCCGGCUACGCCUGCCCCAGCUGGGCAGCAGACACCGCCUCUCUAACAGCAAGGAGAACCUGGAUGGAGCUGCUAAUCCUGAGGCUGAUCUUCGGGACAGUGUACCACAGGCAGACACAGAGGAGAGUGCAGCAGCAAGGGCAGCAGGCCUUUCUGUGUCAGGAGAAGUGAUAGCUUCAGAAUUGUUGUGGGGCACUGAGGCAUCCAGCAGCCAGUGCGAUGUGGUGCUGGUGAACGGUGACAGCAAUGGGCUGAGCUCAGACUGCAGCACUGAGAGCAGCAUGGACCCGGACAGCUCACUGCUACAGCACAGAGACAACAUGUGCCUGGAUGCCGUUUACAACCUCUAUGCAAUAUCAUGUCAUUCAGGAAUCAUGGGAGGAGGCCAUUAUGUGACAUAUGCCAAAAAUCCCAAUGAGAAGUGGUAUUGUUACAAUGACAGCAGCUGCAAGGAAGUGCACUCAGAGGAGAUUGACACUGAUUCGGCCUACAUCCUUUUCUACGAGCAGCAGGGAGUUGACUACUCUCAGUUCCUGCCAAAGAUUGAUGGCAAGAAGAUGGCUGACACCAGUAGCAUGGAUGAAGACUUUGAAUCUGACUACAAGAAAUAUUGUGUCCUCCAGUGACUGCACCUCGUCUUCCAUCAGCCAGCACUACACCCAUUCACUGCUGCCUCCCUCUGCUGUGAGCAGGAAGCACCAGACGUUCAGAUCAUUCUGUAGAAUUCUCACAAACUGCAAAUGACUAGAAUUAGAUUCUAUGUCUUUAAGGAUGCGUUGCAGCACUUUCUACACUUGACUGCGAACAUGGAUUAGUGCAAAGGUUUGCCAAGGCAACAAUGAAUCCCCAGUGAAAGCACUAAACUGGUGCACUUUGCUGAGCCCUACAAAACAAUGCCCUCCUCCCCUUUUCAUGUGAACAACUCACUACAUGCCAUACAUGUAACAUAUGUUUGCAUAUUAACAUAUCUCGGAAUGUAUGAAAUUAAGGCCAGGUCAUGAAGUGAUGUUUUGUUAUUGUGCAUUUAUCACCUAUGAUGUCAGAAUAAAAAAAAAAAGCAUUUACACCAGGAUUUAACAGGAAAGUCAUGUGACCACAUGAUGCGUUCCAGGUGUAAAGCAUGGCCAAUGAUUGGAUACAGAAUGACUUAAAAUGCCAAGUGUCAAUGGGGCCCAAGAAUGUUGGUGUCAUGUUUGAUGCCACAGGUCAUACUGUUGACAUUUGGUACCCAGUGUUCUGGAUUCUGUGAUGAGCUUUUAAAUGGUUCUCCAAAGGUUUUAUUAGUGAUAGUUUCACUAAGGAAAAUAUAAAUCAUUCGCUACCUCAUUGCUUCCCACCACUUCCUGCAGUCUGUCAACCAACUCUAACCUACAAGUCUGUGACAGUAUUAAUAAUGAUUACAAAAUGCUUCCUUCCUUUGUAGGAAUCUAGGUACUCACAUUUCAAGGCCCCCCAAAAAAUCUCUCCCCCCUUCUUCGGACACUCACACAGGGUCUGAUGUUCACAUGGAAUUAGACAUUAUUGUCAAAACUUUUUCAUCCUGCACCUACAAAACAUCUGUGGUGAUUUGUGCAGCAUUCAACUGUGUGUGCCCAUAACGUCCCUCAAAAUCAAAAGGCUUGAGUAUGAAUCUGGCUUUGUUUGGGACAGGUGCCAUGGUUUCACAAGAGAGCUGCUUAAAG